AUGCAACACCACCCAGACCCCCUCGCCCACCUCUCAGACAUCUACGCCCGCGCAGGAACACUCCAAUUCAGCAAAGCGGCAAAGAUCGCCGGCCGGCUAGAGGACUACCAAUGCCGCAAAGCCCAUCAACACCUCCUCUCCCUCGAACAAUCCUACGUCGCUCUCGAAUUCGCGCGAAAAAGCUUUUUUCGCAAACACAACCACCACGGAGCCUACACGACCCUCAUCAAAGAGUUUCAAGAGCUUGAGAGACGAUAUGGAGGGACCGGAGAGGCGAACGGGCCUGUGUCGCUGCUGGCCCUGCAUUUUAGGGCGUUAGGGCUGUUUUGUCGGAUUAGGGUGCAUCUUUUGGAUAUCUACCAAACCCUCGCAACAACCUCAUCCCACACCGAAUCACUCACCCACCACCUCGUUCUCAAAUUCCACACUUUCGUCACCCAACAACGGCUUAACUGGAACCUUGACGCACUCGGACGACUGGGGGAUGUUCUCUGUUACGAAUUCAAAACCCUUGAACACCUCCUCAAAUCCUCUCUCGCCUGCGACCACCACAACAUCAAAGACGCCGCGCUCUUUCUGUACGUCGCUGACGACGUGUUGGUCGAGUGGGCGCAUACCAUCUCCUCCGGUUCCCAAUCCCAUUCGGAUCCGGAUUCGGCCGAAGUGAAUACGGAAUUGUAUACCUUCUUCAGCCGCUGGAGUUACGCCCUGACGGACAAACUGGGCGUGUUCUUCCAUCGCGUGUUGAUGGUUAAGCGCAUUAUUGGGGGGAUGAGGGAGGAAUUGUUGAGGGAGCCUAUUCGAUUAUUACUACGCUACCAAGCCCAAACCAAAGCGCAAAACGUCUCCCUAAUUUACCUCAUCCGCCCCGACGUGCCCUUUGACGCGGAUGGGUACGCGUGCCUGCAUAACGGGAAGGCCGAGCCGCUCACGGGUCUAAAGUCGUUUCCUGCUGUUUGUAGUGUUCCGUCGGAAGCAUCACCAACUCACUGGCCCAACAUCGUCUCCCUCCUCCAACGCUCCCUCCUCCCUCUCAUCCCCUCCUCACCUACACCCCCAACCCCACCACAACACCAACCCUCUUACACCUCCCUCCUAACUUCCUACCUCCUCCCCACCUCACAACCCGCACCAGCAACCCCAACAUACCCCACAACCCGCUUCUACGACCCCAAAAUGGACGUAACGUAUGUGCUCGCGCAGGUCGUGGAAAGGUUGGUGAUGGCGGUCACGGUGCCGGGGAGGUGGGAGGAGAGAGUGGGAGGAGGGAGUGGAGUGACGGCGCAGUGUGUGGGGAGUUUGAGGAGGAUGGUCGAGGGGGCGGACGUUUGGGAGUUUUUGGUUGGGGGCAGGUAG